ACCGGCAUGUUAAAAAUACGAACCUGGAAAAAGGCCAUCAAACAAAAUCAGACUGUAUUUUAAUAAUUAGGCCUGCUUACCGACACUACAGAAACAUGUCGACAACACGAAGGAGUAAGAAAGACAUAGACAGAUUCAUUAGUCAAUUUCCAGAUGAUCAGAUCAGUGCAAGGGGUUAUCAAGUGGCUGUUCUCUACUCCGAGAUUGGUGAAUAUGACCUGGCAAAAAAGUACCUGACAUGUUAUAUGACUGUACGGGAUAACUUACCUCAGGCACACAAACUAAUGGCACAGAUAUGUGAGGGGCUCCAGGAAAAGGAACAGGCCAUAGCCUGCUAUAAAAGGUGUUUGGAGUUAGACAACUCACAGAAAGGAACCAUCUUAAAAAUUUGUGAAGUGCUAAGUUCUAUGCCUCCCGAUGAUGCUCAGAGAAUCAAGUAUUGGUCAGAGAAGGCAGAGAAAGUAUUCCCAAACAAUCCAGUCGUCUUCAAAUUGAAAGAGAAGAUUUUGUCAAGCAGUUCUGGCACAGACCUUGACAAGCUUGAGGAACUUUACUCAAAACAGCUGGAAAAGAACUACACAGAUGCUAGUCUGCACAUCAAGUUAAUGGAUCUGUACCUGACAAGUGACCGUGUCCAGGCAGCAGUCAACCAUGGGAUCGAGGUUGAGCGCACACUGGCAUUUGUUCAAAACCCAGCCUGGUACAAGUGUCUGAUAAAGGCAUUCAGUACCCACCACCAGAGGGAGCAGGGUAGUGACGACAUCUACAUCCACCAUCUGUUUGCCCUACAAAACCUGGUGUCCCUGAUGAUGCCUGACCAUGAUGUUGUGACUUGUGCCACAGCCCUUCACCAAUUUGAUCAGUGCUUGUUUGAACUAGCCAAAGCAUCCUCCCAGAGACCUAAAUGGCGUGCUGUUGUCACGGAAAUGGAGGGACAAAUCUACUUCCUGUCAGCUCUAGUCCUCUUUAAAAGAGCUCAGAAGGGCCAAGUUCUGUGGAAGGAUGCCAGCUUCUUUGCGACUGUGUGCCUGUUGCUGAGCAGUCAGUACCCGGCCAUCGAUGUGAAGGCAGCGUGGUACCUACAGCUGAAACAGCACAACCGCAAGUUCUUUGACCGCAUACACAAGAUUGGAGCCUACAGACACAGCCAGGGAGGUUACCUGGUUCUUGGCAUGACAAGAUCUGAUGUUUCACGUCUGCAGCAUAUCAAACAGCAGCUGAAGACACCACGCGCCAGAGAGGUUUUCUAUGAUACACUCUUCACACUACGCGAGAUGAGGGACCGCAAGGACAAGUCCUACAUACUCAACUCUGACUCCUUCCACAAAGUACCAGUGGUGGUACCGUCCAAAGCUGUGGUUGCUCAGUAUGACAAGGAUGUUUUGCUGUUGUAUGGCGACAACCUACAUGUCCUGGUCUGGCAGGCACUUCAGAGUUACAACACACGGGACACCACACAACCCUACUAUGGGAUGGACCUGUAUUCCAAGCUGCCCUAUACCAGCACUGCUCUGACCAAUGGUUCACCCGAGUCUCUCUCACAGGUGGAUGUACAGGCGUUUUUCUGUGCUGCCGUCCGAUGUGCUGCUGUAGCUUACGAAGAUCAGAACAAGAGUUUCCGUCCUGACAGCUACCGACCUCACUUCCUACCAGCAUGUCUGAGUCAGUCACUGUGCAGUAAGGUGCAGAGCGAUUGGUGGCAAGCUAUGUUUAAGUUCAGUGUGGGAACACCACGUGACAACUUUGCCAAACUGAGGCUUGCUAUACAACAGGGCUUGGAGACCAUUCGUCUUGUGGGUGCACACGGCAUAGGGCUGACGCUAGUAACACAUCUUGCUCAGACUUUUGAUAAAUGGACCCAGACACUGAAGCAGGACGGAUCAUCUGACCCUACAAAAUCUGAAGCCCUAGAAGGUCGCGCUGUGUUCUACUGGAAGGAAGCCAUGCAGAUGCUCAAACGUUUGGAGAAGAAUUUGCCGUAUCGCUAUCCUAAGGAGCGCCUCUUUGUUGACGGUAACCAGAUCAACCUUGAUGCUGGUCAAAUUGCUGAUCUAAAGGAGCAAGCAACAUUCUCGCUGGCAGUUCUUGACAUGCGUGAGGGGCAAUAUGAAGAGGCCAAGGAAAAGUUUGAAACCUCCAAGAAACCAAUGGCCACCUAUUAUCUCGCCCAGAUAUAUAGAAUCUUGGCAAACAAGGUGUCAAGUGAUGAUCCAGGAGGCAGUGACCAGAAAAAAGCCUUGUUGGAACGUUCCCUUGACAUGUUGUACCAGGCUCUAGACCGCAUCCAGGGUGAUCCAGAGCAUGAGCUGCACAAGGAGAUCCCCAAUACCUUGGAUGAGGUAGUCAGUCUACUAGAGCGAAUGCAGAUGCCCACUGGAACCUCACUGAUAGAUAGUAUAUCAGUAAACAACAAUGCUGACAACAGUUUAAAUGACGAUACACCAAGUUUUAGCACACCAACGAGUUUCCACACUACCCCGGGAGUGGAACAGAAUGGCACGCCCAUCAGCAGAAAUGCCAAUGUCAGUGGAUCCUGGGCUGGGGGCUCCAUAGCACCAUUGUCCCUCUUCCCCAAAGAUUCUCCCAGUUUUGUGGCUAGUAAUAUCAUUGAGCAGAGCACCCCAGCACCAGUACAGCGGAGAGAGUCAAGUCAGCAUGUGCGCCCAAGCCCAGAGCGCCUUGAUGCCAGAAUCUGGGCACUGGAGAAAAAGAUGGCCACUCUCAUUGAACUUCAGGAGCAAUCUAAAAAGCACUGGGAAAGGACUGUGCAGGAUUCCAUCAGGACUAUGCAGGAGGAGAUGAGGGCUGAGAUGGCUCAGAACAAUGACAUACUCAAAGAGAUGAAGGAGUUCCUGGCCUCGUUCCGAGGCUCUGCAGCAGGAAGAUUUGUAGGUCCUGCCCCCUUCAGGCCUCCACAGUAUUAUCCCCCACAACAACAAUCAUGGAUGCCUCCCGGUAACUAUGGUUACCAUAUGUCCCCUGUCCCCGGAGCACCACUAGCUCCCUACCCCGGGAAUAUGGGUCCAUUCCCCCCUGCCAACCGACUGACACCUCAGCCGCCUGUGGGACCAACCAUGAAUCAGAUGUCACACCAGAAUGAUAUUGUGGAGGAUGACAUCUACCACAUUGAUGGAGAGUACUACGAGGAUGACGGCUCACAGCCUCCUCCCCACAACAUGUACAACGAGGCCCAGCUCGGUCAGGAGUGGCCCUUUGGCCACCGCGCAGGACUAGAGGGGAAAUCAACUAUCACCUACACCCCCCCUGGUCAACAAGGUCAGACAAUGCCACAGCCCGGUAUGUUUGCCAACGCCCUGCGAGGCCCGUCUCUGCAAUACACUAUCAAACAACCUAGCAUGGGACCUAUGCAGGGGCCACGCCUCCCAACAUCUCAACAACCCACACAACCACUUCCAGGGCCAGGGUUUUUCUCCUUCCCCCAGUCGUCAGCAGCCAUGUUUAAUCCCCAGGAUCCCACAUACCAGAUGACCAGUCGCUCAGGGAUUGUAAUACCGCCCGCAUCUCAACCCUCGGCUCUUAUGGCCGUCCUGACAAGAUCACCGACAAGUGAUGUCACUACAACAACUGUCUCUAUGCCUCCCAAUGUCCUGGCAACCUCUUGUAUGCAGGCACAGUCCAAUAUGGCUCAAACAAACAAGGACAGUCUGUUUGAAGGAAAGCCAGUGUCGAUAUGCCAGCCUCAGUCAAUGGUGUCCUUAGGUCAGACCUCCACCCCCAGUAGUGUGCCCCUGUUUACCAGUCUAAUGGCUGCCUCCAAGUCUCCGGACACCUCCGACAUCCAUCAGUCCCCGUUACGUAGUGCUGAGGUUCCCUCUGGGACCAGUUCUGGCCCUCGGAUGGAUUCCCUGAAUCUGACUCCAUUCACAGAUUUUGCCAGUCUGACUAAAUCUUCCUCACAGUCGGGCAUGUUCAGACCUACCAGUACGGGGGUGCAGAAGUCCCCUAUGACCAGUCCUGUUAAGUCGUCGGGCAGACAUGAUGAUGAUGUGGUGGAGGAGUAUGAACCCAAAGUUGACUUUAAACCCAUCAUUGACCUUCCAGACUUGGUUGAGAUCAAAACUGGAGAGGAAGAGGAAGAAAAGUUAUUUGGAGAGCGUGCCAAACUUUUCCGAUAUGACCCAGACAUUAACCAAUGGAAGGAGAGAGGCAUUGGAGAAAUAAAGCUGCUGAGACAUCGCAGUACAGGACAGGUACGGGUCCUGAUGAGGCGGGAACAAGUUUUGAAGUUGUGUGCCAAUCACAAGCUCACAACAGCAAUGAAGCUGGUUCCCAUGGCUAACUCUGACCGAGCAUGGUGCUGGACAGCCAUGGAUUAUGCUGAAGGUGAGCUAAAGACCGAGCGCCUCGCAGUCAGGUUUAAGAGCCCUGAUCAGGCAAAUUUGUUCAAGGAGACAUUUGAGGAAUGUCAGAAGAAAAUUCAAAAACAGGAGCAGAAACCACCGUCUUCCUCAAUUACAGCUGAGAAAAAAGAAAAACAUAUUAAAGGUCCAACAUCACUCGCAGAGAUGUUUAAACCCCCCGCAGAUAGUUGGGAAUGUGAAGCAUGUUAUGUUUCAAACAAGGCCGAUAUUCAGAAAUGUGUAGCAUGUAAUACGCCUAGACCUGGUGCUAAGCCUGCAGCAGUGGCACAAACUAAAAACAAGGAGGCAUCAAAUCUGGCAGCAACAGGACAGACACUCAGGGAACUGUUCAGACCGGAGGAAGGUAGUUGGGAAUGUAAUGGCUGUUAUGUCUCUAACAAACCCGAUGUACAGAAAUGUGUGGCGUGUCAGGCAUUGAAACCUGGACUAAAAUCCUCUGAUGUGAAGUCAUCUCCUGCUUCGAGUGGUUUCAAAUUUGGAGUAUCAUCAGGCGGUGGCUUCAAAUUUGGAAAAGCCCCUGCUGAAUCGGAAACGAAAACAACACCAUCAGUGUCAAAACCAGCAGCUGGUGGUAAACCUGGCCAGCAAUCAUUAAGUGAGAUGUUCCGACCUGCUUCAGGGAACUGGGAAUGUGAGGGAUGUUAUGUGUCUAACAAAGCUGAUGUCCAGAAAUGUGUGGCCUGUAGUACCCUUAAGCCUGGACUCAAACCAGAGGAUGUCAAACCUGCAGCACCAUUCUCGGUAGGGCAGACUGGCUUUAAGUUCGGUGCACCAGCAACUAGUGGCUUUAAGUUCGGAAUUCCAUCAACUGCAUCGGACAAGGAGACCAAAUCUACCCCAGUUACAGCCUCUACAGAGCCAACAUCAGCUGGAUUUAUGUUUGGACAGACUGAAGCUUUCAGCUUCAAAAAGACAGAGACAGCCUCUUUACCUAGUAACACCUCCACCACAGCUGGUGGUGCAGGUGGGUUUAAGUUCAAUAUGGCCACACCGGUGUCCAUUUCAUCCGAGCAAAUCAGUACCACUACCGCCUCCUCCACCACCCUAUUAUCAACUCAAAGCAAAACAACUCCAGGAAUCGGUUCAGGCAUAGCCCCAGCACAGCCAUCAGCAAAAUCUACCACAUUUGGGGCUACUCAAGAAGGUUUCAAUUUCAAUUUGGGCAAAACUAGUACAGAUCUGCCUCAACAGGCCUCAUCUGAUUCGACUGCAGCUCCAGCAACUUUCAGCUUUCCAACAGAAUCUGGCCCCAUGUCAUCUGGGUUCUCCUUUAAAACUACAACAGAGCCCAAAACACCAGAAUCCAAGCAGUCAACAAUGUCGUCUGGAUUCCAGUUUACAUUUACACCUGGAGCUCAGGGAAAAUCCCCUGGAGUAGCGUCUCCCAAAUCUCCGGAGACCGAUUAUUAUCAGAAUAAAGAAGGUGAGGAUGAUCACAUAUACUUUGAACCAAUUGUGGCUCUGCCUGAAGCUGUUUCUAUAGUAACAGGAGAGGAGGAGGAUGAAGUAUUGUUUGAGCACCGUGCCAAACUGUAUCGCUUUGACAAGAAGGAGUGGAAAGAAAGAGGCCUGGGUAAUGUCAAGAUCCUAUACAACAGGGACACUGAGAAAUCCCGUCUACUGAUGCGCCGAGAACAGAUCCUGAAGGUAUGCUGCCAUCAUUACAUUACACCUGACCUCAUGCUCAAACCCAUGCCUAAGACAGAUGGUAAGGCCUUCAUUUGGUUUGCCAUGGACUUCUCUGAUGAAACGCCAAACAUGGAGCAGUUCUCCAUCCGGUUCAAAUCUUCUGAAGUUGCAAGGAAGUUUGCUGACGCAUUUGACAUAGCGCGAGAAAAGUCUGGGAACCAGGUGGCUGAGCCAGAAAGCUCGCAAGCUCCCAGUGUGGCCAGGUCAUCGGAGGUUAAAAGCCCCUCAGUCCCAGAUAAAACUCAGGACGUUGUGUUUGUUGGUGAGGAAAAGGCAACCAAGGAACAAAUUGCCGAGGCCAGGAAAUAUAUGUUACCCGACCACUUCUAUCUGUACCUGUCUCGUGAACCAUGUCGUGGGUGCAGAGGGUGCACAGACAGUAUGCCAGGCGACCCAGCUAUUAAACCCAAAGAUAACAUCACCACAAGUAAGUCAUCAGGAGACACGUCUGGUAAGUCCGAGGCUGUGACAAGCAGUGUGUUUGGAAGCGGGGAAGGUGCAGGAUCAGGACUUUUUGGUGGCCUCUCUGCUGAUAAAGUGUUUGGUGCUAUUUCCACAUCUGGGACUCCCUCGUUUGGCCCAUUAUUUGGUGCUAGUUCCACAUCUGGGACUCCCUCGUUUGGCCCAGUAUUUGGUGCUAGUUCCACAUCUGGGACUCCCUCGUCUGGCCCAAUAUUUGGUGCUAGUUCCACAUCUGGGACUCCCUCGUCUGGUCCAAUAUUUGGUGCUAGUUCCACAUCUGGGACUCCCUCGUCUGGACCAGUAUUUGGUGCUAGUUCUACAUCUGGGACUCCCUCGUCUGAUCCAGUACUUGGUGCCAAGCCUAGUUCUCAAUCCACAGAUGGGAUAUUUAGUACCCCUGCCACUGGAAAAUUGUUGGGUUCUCUGCCAUCUACAAAAGCUUCAUCCACCGGAGGCUUGUUUGGCUCCAUACCAGCUACAACUAUCCCACCCACUGGAGGACUGUUUGGCAGUACACCAACUACAGCUGCCUCUUCUAGUAAAGGAUUGUUUGGUUCUGUGCCUCAUACUUCUUCAUUUGGCACCCAAUCUACAGCAUCAGCAUCAGAGACGAGCAGUACACCAAAGGACAGUGGCGACCACUCUGUCAGUCCAGGAGGAACUGUCUUUGGUGGUCAGACUACAGACUCAGCAGCUGAGUUUUCCUUCUCUCUGCUGGCUGCACAAAGUGGCUCAGAGAAUGCCUUCAAAAAAGAUGCAAAUAAGCCGUUCAGCUGGUCAGGGGCAGGCAAACAGCUAUUUGGUGUUAAGAGCCAAGAUGGAGGGACGCAUGACGGAGAUGGAGAAGAUGAAGUUGUCGAAGGUCAUGACCCACACUUCGAGCCAAUAGUUGCCCUCCCUGAUCUUGUGGAGAUUAAAACAGGUGAGGAGGAUUUUGAUGCCUUGUUCAGCAUCCGAGCCCAACUUUUCCGGUUUGACAAAGAUGUCAGCCAGUGGAAGGAGAAAGGCCGUGGUGAGAUGAAGAUCCUCCAACAACAUGCCACAGGAAAGAUACGGUUGUUACUACGCAGAGAACAGAUAUUUAAGCUGGCCUGUAACCACUGGCUGACCCCUGACCUCGCAUUUAAGCCAUUGAAUACCUCAGAGGUUGCCUGGUGUUGGACUUCACAGGACUUCAGUGAAAAUGAACCCCGUGUAGAACAACUUGCUGUUAAGUUCAAGACCAUAGAAAUAGCCAACAAGUUUAAAUUGAUUAUUGAUAACUGCCAGGCAGAGAUGAGAGAGAAUCUUACUCAAGACAAGACACCCAUACAGGUGUCAGAGGUGUCAUCUGUAGAGUCCAGAGAAGCUGACACUACACAGUCCACCAAAGAACAGGAGGAGGAGGAGAAUGAGAAUGAGGAAGAGGAUGAUGACGAUGAUGAUGAAGAUGAUGAUGAUGAUGAUGAUGAUGAUGAUGAUGAAGAGAUGAUCUUAUUUGAAAAAAGGGCAACAAUGUAUGCAAAGGAGAAUGAUAAAUGGAAGAUCCUGGGAAUGGGACAGCUGAAGGUGUUGUAUGAUGAAGAUGUGAAUGGGAACAGAAUCACCAUGGAAACAGAUGAAAAAAUUACUGUGUGUAAUCAUUUAUUAAUCAAAGAGUCAAUCUUGAAAGUCAACAAGAAAAGUAAGAACUGUGAUUGGUCGCCCAUUGAUUUCUCUACGGACGAUCCAGUGCGAAGAGAGUUCCGUGCUCAGUUCAGCUCAGAGACUGUCCUUGAGGAGUUUGAGCGAUUUUUUAAACAGGGCCAGACACUUGCCGUUGACUCUGACCUUUCAGAGAGGGACAUAAUGAUGACCUCUCCACGGGAAAUUGUGUAUCCAGAAGUCCAUGCACACAAUGCUGGGACAGAGGACUGAGGUAUAACCGCGGCAGAGGACUGAGAUAUAACCGCAGCAGAGGACUGAGGUAUAACCGCGGCAGAGGACUGAGAUAUAACUGCGGCAGAGGACUGAGAUAUAACCGCGGCAGAGGACUGAGAUAUAACCGCGGCAGCAUUUGGUCCCUAGAAACUGUUACAGGGUAGUGGGGACAUUGAUGACCCACUCGAACCAAUCAAAUAUUCCUUCAGACAUUACAUUGUGAUAUUUGUAUAGCACUAAACUUGAUGCUACGCAUGAUAUCCUGUUUUGGUUUGCCACAAUGAGUAUCACCAGGAAAUGGAUAGAACCGCUUGUCACAAGUUGACGUUAAACAGUUGUACAGCAUACUAAAAUCUAAUCUACGGAUCUAGAUGUCGGAGUGUUACAACAGUUGUGUACCAGUUAAUCUACUCCCGUAUUCACGUCAUGUCUGUUCCGCAUCCAGUAUUAUUUACAUAUCAAGUAACAUCGAUCUUAAUCAUCUUAUUGAUGUCCUAUGUAGAGGAUUUGUUUAAUUGAAAAUGAAUCUAUCCAACAUAUUGUUUAAGUAUAAUACAUAUAACCAUAGAAAUCCUAUUCAUUUUCUGUUCUAUGCUUUUCUUUCAUAUUCCUGUCUGUUUCUUCUUUUACUUUCUUCUGACAUUAUGUUUCUGUAAAAAAACAUCAAUAGAUAAACUGUAACCUCUGCCUGAAGAGAAAAAUGUAUAAAUAUGUUGUUAGGCUACCACGAGAUUCUUUUGAUGGACAUCAAAGGAUCAAACUAGUC